CCAGGCAGAUGAGCUUUACUGAAAGCGCUGACACUAAACAACGCGUCCUGUGUGUGUUUAAACUGCACAUACACUCCAGUGAGUUAGUCACAGUCACCUUGAACAGGUGAGCGUAGCAGCCACUGCCGAGCGUAGCAACGAGCUAAUCCUGUGUUAUGACGACUAACGAAGUCAUUGAGAUGAUUUUGGUUUGAAUUGGUAUCUGAAUAGCCUGUGAGAUGUGAGUGUCUAACACUUACAUGAAUCCCGGCUUUCGUCGUAGUUUCUCCGCCAGUAUACCAGCUGGUGACAGAAUGGCAGAGAAUGAAGAGAGCAAGUGCCAAGAAAACAUCUCACAGAAGUCACCCACUUCUGAAAAAGGGACUGCUAUUUGGAAAACAAUCACUCAAACCUUUUCUUCUCGAGGAGAAAAAAACAAAAGAAGAGAAAAAGAAGACACAGAGGAUACAAGUCCUACAUGCAGCACAGACACUCCUGACACACCAAAAGAGGGCAUCUUUAGGAAGCUCUCAGGCAUAAGAAGAAGUUUGAAUAAUGGACAGAAAAACAGGAGGAAAAGCAGUCAGGCAUUAUGUUCUUCUGCCUCUGUGAAUGAGUCCCCAGAGAAGCUUGUAACAGACAGAAGGAACAGUAAGGACUGUAAGAUCCCUUUCAGACAGAAUAUUCCUCCCAAACCCCUGUCAGUUUUGGAAAUUGAUGAACUUUUAAAGAGAGGUGAUUUGGAAACGGCCUAUCUUAACCUGCUGUCUCUACGGCUGGAGAUUCAGCGUGACCUGAAAGCUCUGAGUGAGAAGACCCCUUCAGUGGAGUUACCUAAUAAAAAGAAAGACUUGAGUAUGCUCUUUGAGACCCUGAGGAAGAAACUGACUGAUAUUGUCCGACGUCCCUUUGACUCAACCUCCAGUGAGCUGCUGAUGCACGCUGCCAACAUCAUCCAGGAGGAGGAAAAGCAAGAGGGAGAUCCAGGAGGGAUGAGGGGAUGGAUGGAUGCCUGGAAAGCUGCAAUAAAGGACGGGGUGAGAGAUACACUCAAGGGGGUCCAUCUGGACAGCUGUGAAAACAAUGCUUCCUGGUUGGCGGUGCACUUGGGGCUUCUGGGUAAAGCGAUUGUGGAGCUGCUGGAGAAAGUGAAGACAGAGCUUGUCAGCUCAUACCCACUAAGCUUUAACGUGUUUGAAACCUACGUUUCAUCUUGUCAUGAGGUUGUAGAAGAACAUCUCAAGGAGCUUCAGGGAAAAGUCACAGAACUUAAAGAUUAUUAUGCCAUGCUGGAUUUUGCCAUCAACAGCUAUCACAGUGAGAAGAUCCUUGGUAGUCCCUCUUUGCAGCCAGAGAUGAAGGAGCAGAAGACUCUCACACUACCUUAUGACUUUCUAGAUCAGAUUAGGAAAAAAUACUGUAACUGUCUACAGGAGGUACUUCAUGCCUCGCUGGAAAAUGUCAUUAAACUCGAAGAGGAGGGAGUGUGGAAAAAGAAAGGAACACCAGAGAGAACAGAAGAUGGAAGAUUCCUCACCAGUCAUAUUCACAUGGACAUUUCUACAUUGAUAGCAAACCUUGGGAAGAAUUCUGAAAAGAUUGAUGGAAAUCUGGAAAAAAGGGUCUUGUGCUGCUGUCUGGAAGAAUUGAAGCAAUUUCCCAAAAGAUUUGAGGAAGAGUUUACGAAGCAGUGUUCCUCCUUGCUGGAAUCAGACUUACUGGACUGUUGUCUGUGGGCCGAAUAUCACGUAGCAUACAUUAACAGCUUCAGCUCACUCAUAGAGCAGAUGGAAAGCUACAGAGGCAGCUUCCCAGAUCAGGUGGAGCAGCUGGUGUCGGAGGUAGACAGCCUGAUUCUGCGACUGAGACGAGCUCUGCUGGAACAGUUUAGAGCUGAAAUUGAGCCCUGCAAGGAGUGUUUGAUGACCAAGAAGUGGCUCAACACAGAUGAUGCUUUUUAUGAAAUAAUCAACAGAAUAGAGACCUACUCUGGAUACACCAAAUCUAUGAAAUCUUCACCUGCGCAAUCCUUUGCCAAUGACCUGCAAUACCAUGUGGUAAAAGAGUACAUUUCUGAGCUUCUGAAGAGUAAGUACUCAUGCAGAGGCAGGAAGAAUGAUGUUGCUGCUGCUAAGAUUAAAGACCAGUGGAAUCAACUCAGGAAACUGUUCUCUGAAAUGGGAUCAGCGUUAAACUGGCUUCACCCACUAGGAGAUCAGCUUAGUGAAAUUAUUGAGCAGGAGAAUGAGAAAGACAUAAAAAAUCUUUUACCACCUUUGGUUGACAAUUACCCAGACAUCAGUGAGAAACAACUGUCAGCAAUUCUGUACUUCAGAGACAAAGGUAUCGUGACCUAUUCGAAAAUAAACCCGGUCAUUCGGCACUUUACUGAGCUAAAACAGAGUUAUGGAAAGAAAAAUCAUGAACACACCUUCUUCAGUGAUAUUAAGCAAAAACACCCGUGUGCUGCAUUUAAACCAAACGUCUUUCACCACAGAGAGCUCAUAUACUGUAUCAUGGCAUUUUGCUGUCCUUGCAUGAGGCCUUUGGCCUGUUUUCGUUCCCAGGCUGAAGAUGAUGAUGAUGAUGAUGAUGAUAAGACAAAGGAUGAAGAUGAAAAUGUCACCCUUAAGAACUUCACAUCUUUAAGAUUUAAGACAGAGGGUACUCCUGAAGGGUCUGUAGAGGAGACAAAGAACAAGAAGAGGGUCUGGAUGGACAGGAUGAAUGGUACUCCUCAGAAGUCUGUAGAGGAGAGAAAGAACAGUGAAAGGGUCUCUGAUUCUUUCAUCUGUAAUAUCCCUCAUAAAGCCCUGUCAGUUUCAGAGAUUAAUGAACUAUUAAAAAAUGAUUCUUUGAAAGAGGCCUAUGGGAACCUACUAUCUCUGCGGCGGGAGAUUCAGCGUGAGCGGGAAGCUCUGGGUGAGACGACCCCUCUAGUGGAAUUAACUAAUAAAGAGAAAGAUCUGUCUCAGCUUUGUAAGACCCUGAGGAACAAACUGACUGAUAUUGUCCGACACUCCUGUGACUCGACCUCCAAAAAGCUGCUGAUGCACGCUGCCCACAUCAUCCAGGAGGAGGAAAAGAGAGAAGGAGAUCCAGGAGGGAUGAGGGGAUGGAUGGAUGCCUGGAGGGCUGCAGUAAAGGACGGGGUGACAGAAAAACUCGAGGGGGUCCAUCUGGACAGCUGUGAAAACAAUGCUUCCUGGUUGGCGGUGCACUUGGGGCUUCUGGGUAAAGCGAUUGUGGAGCUGCUGGAGAAAGUGAAGACAGAGCUUGUCAGCUCAUACCCACCAAGCUUUAAUGUGUUUGAAACCUACGUUUCAUCUUGUCAUGAGUUUGUAGAAGAACAUCUCAGUGAGCUUCUGGGACAGAUCACAGAACUUAAAGAUUAUUACGCCAUGCUGGAUUUCGCCAUCAACAGCUAUCACAGUGAGAAGAUCCUUGGCAGGCCCUCUUUGCAGCCAGAGAUGAAGGAGCAGAAGGCUCUUGCACUACCUGAUGACUUUCUAGAACAGAUUAAACAGAAAUACUGUAACUGUCUGCAGAAAAACCUACAAACUUUACUUGGCAACAUCAUUAAAGUUGAACAUGACGAUGUGUGGAAGAAGAAACAAAUGCCGCAGAGCAUAGUAGAUGGAAGGUUUCCCAUCUCUGAAAUUCACAUUGACAUAUUAAAGAUAAUAGCAGGAUUUGCUGAGAAUUCUAAGAAGAUUGAUGGAAACCUAGAAAAGAGGGUUCUGUGCUGUUGCCUAGAGGCACUGAGGCCCUUUCCAAAAAGAUUUGAGGAAGAGUUGUCAAAGCAGAAUUCCUCCUUGUUGGGCUCAAAUGUAUUGGACUGUUGUCUGUGGGCUAAAUAUCAUGUCGCAUACAUAAACAGCUUUAUCUCACUCAAAGAGGAGAUGGAACGCUACAGAGGCAGCUGCCCAGAUCAGGAAGACCGGCUGGGGAUGGAAGUAGACAGGCUGGUUCUCCGACUGAGACAAGCUCUGCUAGAACAGUUUAAAGCUGAAAUUGAGCCCUACAAGGAGAGUUUGAUGACCAAGAAAUGGCUCAAAACAGAUGAUGAUUUCAAUGAAAUAAUUAACAGAAUAGAGACCUACUCUGGAUACACCAAAUCUAUGAAAUCUCCACCUGCGCAAUCCUUUGCCAAUGACCUGCAUUACCAUGCAGUGAAAGAGUACAUUUCUGAGCUUCUGAAGGAAAAGUACUCGUGCAAAGGCAGGAAGAAUGGUCUUGGUGCUGCUAAGAUUAAAGGCCAGUGGGAUCAACUCAUCAAACUGUUCUCUGAAAUGGGAUCAACGUUAAAUUGGCUUCACCCGCUAGGAGACCAGCUUAGUAAGAUCAUUGAGCAGAAGAAUGAGAGAGACAUAAAAAAACUCUUACCAUCAUUUGUUGAAAAUUACCCAGACAUCAGUAAGAAGCAACUUUCAGCCAUUCUGUACUUCAGAGAGAGAGGUAUUGUGAGGCAUUCGAAAAUACACCCAGUCAUUCGGCGCUUUACUGAGCUAAAACAGAAUUCUGAGAAGAAAAAUCAUGAACACACAUUCUUCAGUGAUAUUAAGUGAGACAAUUAUAUCAGUUUGCCACCGUUUCAGGAGUUAUGGACCUUGAUGACCUAAAACUGAUUUUUGAGCAUGCUGAAAUGUAUAUUCCAACACUAUUGUGCUCUGAAUUCACUCAGCAUAGGAGGACAUCUGAGCCACACAUAAUAAAGGUUCUGAUGGGCUGUGAAAAUGCCUACUGGGCUGUGUAAACCCUUAAAUGGCCAAAGUUUUUUUACACACUUUUAUUACCUAAGAAUAGAACAGCUCAACCUGUUUGUAGUGGAGUCCUUGUUAUUGCUGAAUUAUAGGCCUUAGUAUGUAAUAAGCCUGGGAUUUUAAGCCAAAUUUGUUACAUAAUGCUGCAUCAAAUGUUGUUUGAAUCAGGUGCUCUUUGGUGUCAAGGGAAAAAAAUUCAGUGAGGAAAAGGAGAGAGAAAUAAUUUUCCAAACCAAUGCAGUCUUUAAAUUAAAAUGUCUUUGUUGUAUUGACAUGUCCUAGUUAAAAAUGUCAAUACAAUGAAGACAUUUUAAUUGAAGAAAUGCUUUGGUUUGAUGGGUUUUAUUCUCUGUUUUUCCUCACAAAUUUACAAUUUUCAUGAAGCUGCCCAAAACAAUGCUAGUAUCUCUUUGUGCAAGAGCUAGUACAGCCAAGUCGCCACCGCAUCACAGACCAGUGCGUCAUAGGCCAGUGCAUUACAAACUACCACAACACAGAUCACUGCAUUACAAACCACUGCAUCACAGACCACCGCAUCACAGACCAAAACAUCAUAGACCACCGCAUCACAGAUCACCACAUCAUAGACCAGAGCAUCACAGACCGGUGCAUCACUGACCAGACCAGUACAUCACAGACCGGUGCAUCACUGACCAGACCAGUGCAUCACAGACCACCGCAUCACAGACCAGAGCAUCACAGACCAAUGCAUCACAGACCAGAGCAUCACAGACCAGUGCAUCACAGACCACCGCAUCACAGACCACUGCAUCAUAGACCAGUGCUAUUUACACCAAAUAACAACGACAACAAAAAAAAAACAUUUCAUUUUAUGUGUUAAAGCCUUUUAUUGUUAUAUACUUGAGUAUGUUCAAAUGUUUUUUCUUCACUCAGAUAUAUUUUUGACCCCACACUUCCAUUUUUAAUAGAGUAAGACUUGGACACAGUGCUAUCUUUCAUUUUCACUUUCACAAGUAUAUUUUUACUGUUUUUUUACACCUAUGAAAUGUAAAAUAAAUGCAUUACACUUUUUUGCUGCACAUUUGCAUAUGUGUAUUAGACAAAAUCUGGUUUGUACUGUAUU